AUGGGGGUCGCCACGGCGGCCCGAGUCCCGGUGAAGCGCUACAACUUCCUUGUUCCCAGUGUUUUCCAAGCUGCCGAGGUGGAACCCAGCCUGGGACAGACCCCCGGCCCUGGGGUUGACCGGAGCGUGAAGAAGCUUUGCGAGUACCUGUUUCGAAAUGAGCAUCGCAUCCCCAAGGCCUCUCGGCGCCUGGCCAGGAGGCUGGCCAAGGACCUUGCCUCCCGGCGUCUCGGCUAUGUCCAGAUUACAGUGCAGGCCUACCGAACCAUGAUUAAGGAGCUUGGCAGCCCCCUCUGCAACACACUGGCACGGGAGCUCAUCUUGGGGCCAGUGGUAGGCCGGAGGGUUGAUUGCGCAUGA